UGCAGACAAACCAGCACUACUCGUCGCCCACCCCCUUUCUGUUCUUGCUCUCAGCUCACACCGCUCCUCCUCCUCGCCGCCGUCUAGCAAGCCGCCGCCGCCAAGCCCAUGGUUUCGUGGAGUGAUGACGGAUCCAACUCCUCCUCGUCUGGUGGCGACUCCGCCAGCAGUCCGGCUCCUCGCACCAUUGACUGCUCCGAUUGGAGCAGCCUUGCAGUAGAUCUACCUGUUAGAUGUGAGCACCAAGCAAUGUGUGAGAAGUUGGUUGCCUUUGAGUCUGUUGACAGUGGAGGAAGAUUCGUGGGUUGUGCACAAAAGGAUGGGCCUAAAUGCCCCUAUGUGCAUUGGGUUGAGCUAGAGCGGCCUCCUCAAUUGAAGAUGAGUCUAGCUAGGGUCUUGGACAUGUAUGAAGAGGUGGUCAACCUCAGGCUCAGGCAAAAUGUUGUUAAUGCUGAAGAAAACUUUAAGAUAUUGGGAGAGAAGAAAAAGAUGGAGCAAGAUCUGAGGUUUUUUAAACUAGAUUUUGCUAAGAUGGUGGCUGACAAGGAGCAGGCAAUUACUGAAUCGGGCAACACAAGGCUAGCUCUCUCUGACCUAAAGAUAGAACUCGAGAAGAAGAAAAUGUUUGAUAAAUCUCUGACCAACAUUCAUCAGGUGGUAAGGGCUAAAGCAGAGAAAGAGAGGGAUGAGAUGAAGCAAGAGAGGGACAAAAUGAUGGAAGAGAGGGACAAAUUGAAGGAAGAAAGGGAUCAGUUGAAGAAAGAGAUAAAGAAGCUAGAGUACAUGAUUGGUGACUUGUUCAAGCAUAAGGAAGACACCAAGUGCAAGAUAAGGAAGGACAGGGAGAUGCUAGAUGAAUGUGAGUGAUCCAUUGCUGUUGUAAUGCUGCCCAAACUUGGAGGUGAUCUAAUGGAAUUUUAUUAGUGGACUUGUUUAAUUUAGUUAAUGAGGAUCAGUGGACUUGUUUAAUUAAGUGAAUUUCUGCCUAAA